AGACCCUGGGGAGAAGGACUCUCGCGACUACAGAUUCCUGCUUGGUGGCAGAGUCCUUCUGUGCGGAGCGACGUUGGAGUCCCCGGCUUGGCGCCCCAAGGGUUUCGGGCUUCUGCGGCCCACAAUGGGGCACGAUGGUCGGGAAUCGGGCUGCUGGGGAUACAGGCAGGCUGUGGUCGGUGUCGAUUCCGGUGUCCAGUGGUGACCUCUAAAAAUGGUUCGUUAUUCACUUGACCCAGAAAACCCCACAAAGUCAUGCAAGUCAAGAGGUUCAAAUCUUCGCGUUCACUUUAAGAACACUCGUGAAACUGCCCAGGCCAUUAAGGGUAUGCAUAUCCGAAAAGCCACCAAGUAUCUGAAGGAUGUCACUUUAAAGAAACAAUGUGUGCCAUUCCGUCGUUACAAUGGUGGAGUUGGUAGGUGUGCCCAGGCCAAACAGUGGGGCUGGACACAGGGUCGGUGGCCCAAGAAGAGUGCUGAAUUUUUACUGCACAUGCUCAAAAAUGCAGAGAGUAAUGCUGAACUUAAGGGCUUAGAUGUAGAUUCUUUGGUCAUUGAGCACAUCCAGGUGAACAAAGCCCCCAAGAUGCGGCGAAGGACUUACAGAGCUCAUGGUCGGAUUAACCCAUACAUGAGCUCUCCCUGCCACAUUGAGAUGAUUCUUACUGAGAAAGAACAGAUUGUUCCUAAACCAGAAGAGGAGGUUGCACAGAAGAAAAAGAUAUCCCAGAAGAAACUGAAGAAACAGAAACUUAUGGCCCGGGAAUAAGUGCCACAAAAAAAUAAAUGCAAAUGUAAAAGCAGAGUGUUGGUUGUCUUAAUUAGUAAAUAAUAUUUGAAGUGUCAACACAAAAUGGAUCAAAUGAGUUUUCAUAA